UCGCUCCGUGCCCCCGUACAACCGUACGGUCUUUUGUAAGGCGUGGUUCUCGUCAACCUGGCCAGAACUAUGCUUGUCCGGAACCAACAAGUGUUUUUAAAUCAAUGCUCAAAAGAAAAUUACCCAGAGUUAUGAGAAAUUACAAAAAAAGUGAAAAACGUGCUUCUGAGUUCCCGCGAAAAUUUUACGGGUGCGCACUGGAUUACGGAAUUGUAUCAGUACUUUAAAUGUAUACUAGAGAAAACCCCGGAACAAAACUCUGGGGAAUAAUUUUCUUGUUCGUUUUUUAAUUGAAAUUUGUGUUUUAUAAUUUGUUCUUUAAAAAUAAUUUUUGAGUUAUUAUCAUAUUUUCUGUAGAUUGAAAAUUCGAUUUGAGGAUAAUAAAUUUUCGAAAAAAGAAAUUUAUGGAAGAGUGUUUUAAUCAGUGUAGUGAAUACUGAGCAGUGCUUCGCAUUAUGCUAUUUGGGAUUUAGUUCUGGAUCCACUUCAAUCGAAGAGUUUCACCUCAUAAAUUUUUUGUCCUUCUCUUUUUCCUUCUACAGUGCAAAAACACGGCCUUCAAAUUGGAGAACUGAUUGAUCUUUAGCAGCAUCAUGAAUACUCUAGGAAAUGUGCUUGUGUGCACAUUGUUGGUGUCAAAUCUUCUAUUCACAACGGUUUGGGGUUAUAGCAGUGGAGCUCCGCCAAAGACAUGUUUAACAUUGACACCAGGACAUCCUGAUACGCAAAUUCAAAACUCUCCACCUCCAUAUCAAGUGUUGCCUUCAGCUGGGCAGGGCAGAGUUCGACUGAUUCUUGGAAGUCCCGAAGGACUUCCCUAUCAGGGUUUCUUCAUUCUAGCUGUAAACGUGGAGACCGGGGAAUUAGUGGGAGAAUUUUCAAACAUACCAAGUGACUUAACUAAACACGUUGAAUGCACACCUGGUUUCCGGCACUGCUUAUCAAGUGCAUUUUCCACCUUCGCUCAGGACUAUUCCGUGUAUUGGGUCGGAGUCGAAUCACCGAGAAUAACUGUCCUGAAAUCUUCUAUCGACGUCGAUACUCCUCCGCCUGAAAUCACGACACGAAGAACUACAACUACUCCUUAUUAUCGGCCGACUUCGUCUAAUAUAGAAUAUGAUCAGGAUCCAUUCUACGAAGGUUGUGGAACAAUUAAAAACUGUUUUGGGUCUCCAAGUGGUUGUGAUGCACAGAAAAACUGCGAUGCAGUUGUAGCUGUUGAAGUUCGUGGAGAACGCUACAUCUUCGAAAUGAAAGCACGCGAUGCAAAAUACGUUGCGGUUGGACUGUCAAAAGACCGAGAAAUGGGAGAAGAUAGUGUGGUCGAGUGUGUUGAUGAAGGAGGUCAAGUUGGUCUCUACAUGUCCUGGAAUUUUGGAAAAAAUAAUAAGCGUAUUUCCACGCCUGAAGGAACAGUCCAAAUGGAAUCAAGCUCUAUACGGGAUAACACGAUUUCCUGCAAAUUUUCAAGGGAAAAAGUAACCAGUGUUAUGCAACAAACUUUUGACCUUGUACGCACGCCCUACACCCUUCUUUUGGCAGCUGGAACAAAGGCCUCGAAUAAUAAUCUCAUACGUCAUGACCUGGUUGCUGAGGUCUCGUCUGCACCUAUAUUAUUAUCUGACGUUGGCAAAAUAGAAGCAGCAAGUGACAUUUUAUAUCGAAUCCAUGGUGCUCUUAUGUUGGCUUCUUGGAUUGGAACAGCCUCAGUUGGAAUCCUUCUGGCGAGGUAUUACAGACAGACGUGGGUUGGCUCUCAGCUCUGUGGAAAGGACCACUGGUUCGUCUGGCAUCGAUUUUUCAUGGUACUGACUUGGCUGAUGACACUUGCCUCGUUUAUCGUGAUUUUCAUCCAACUGGGAAGGUGGAGUAGUAACACAGAACAUGCUUCAAUAGGUUUAGCAACAACAAUUUUGUGUUUCAUUCAACCAUUCAUGGCGGCCUUCAGGCCCCAUCCUGGUGCACAAAAGAGGCCCCUUUUCAAUUGGCUCCACUGGUUUGUUGGAAAUGCUGCUCAUAUUUGUGCAAUUGUCACUAUUUUCUACGCAAUCGGAAUAAGAAAAGAUUUGACGCCAGAAUGGAUGAUUUGGGUGGUCGUCGCUUAUGUGGUUUUCCACGUUGUGACUCAUCUCUUCCUUACGUUUACUGGAUGUAUCUCGGACAGGCAAGGGAGUCAGAGAGUGAAUUCCUUUCCCAUGAAGGACAUGCAUUCUCGAGGUCCAAUGUCACAUCCCGAUGUAAGGCGAGAUGCACCUCAUUCGGGACUCCGGAAGUUGGUCUUUGGUAUCUACUUCGUCGUAAUUGCCAUCUUCGCAGCGGUGCUCAUAGUAAUAGUCGUCCUGGCGCCGAUCGAGGAUACGAUACGAAAGAAUUCGUGGAACACCUGGAUGGGUAAAAUGUAAAAUUAUUUUGUCAAAUCAAAAGAAAGCAACCUAACUAUCCUAUUUUGCCUCCAGGAAAUAUCUAUAACGAUAUUAUAUCUAAUUUUGACAAAUCAUUCUUCUGAGAUUUUCUGUAAUCUUGAUUGUCAAGAUAUAUUGUUUAUUUUCUAAAUGAAUUUCUUCCUGAAAAUUAAAAAUUGUAAAAUGAAGUAAUUAUAUUCUCCAUCCAUUAAAUUUACUGAGUCGCCAAAGUUUGCCUUGAAAUCGUUAUACGUCUUUUUCCUUGGUUGCAAAAAAUCUGGUUUCACGCUAGACUGAUUCGAAGGUAGCCUUAAAAUUUUACAGAAUAAUAUUUAAAUUCAAAUAAAAAGUAUAACGAAUGUGCAUUAGUUAAGAUUCGUACUUAAAAAUAAAUAUCGUAAAGUUUUCGUCACGCCUGGUGUCGUAAAAGAAGUAUUCUGAAACUUUCAUUGAUAUUAUAGUUUAUAUUGUUGAUAGGAGUUUUGUUAAAAAAACACACAAUUUGAGAAAUUCUUAUAAUUAUUUUUAAGUAAUAUUUAACUAAUUAUGAUAUAUUUUUAUCGCUUUUAAUUUAAUAGUACUUAAAUUCGAGUGGAGGGUUAUAUUUGAAAGACAUAUACAGUAUUAGACUCACACUUUUUCAUUUAUACACUCCUAUCGAAUUUUCUACUUAUAUGGCCUCGAAUAUUAUAUGAUUUGUAUGCAAUAGAUUUUAUAAUGUUAUUUAAUUAUGUAUAUACAGAAUACUCGAGAGACUCUUAAAGAUUUUAUAUUUAAUAAUUUGGAAAUAGUUUGUCACGAACGUAUGAACAAAUUAAAAAUUUGAUUAAAA